AUGGCUCCAAAAGGGGUUUGGCAGACAAUUUCAAGGUUUUUGUACGAUGUGGAACCAGAAUUUGUGGAUUCCAAGUACUUUUGUGCUGCAGCAAGGAAAAGGGGCUACGUUCACAAUCUUCCCAUUCAUAACAGAUUUCCUCUUCUUCCGCUUCAUCCACACACAAUACAUGAAGCUCUUCCCUUAACAAGGAAAUGGUGGCCUGCAUGGGAUAUGAGAACAAAACUGAAUUGCUUACAGACUUGCAUUGCGAGUGCAAAGCUCACAGAGAGGAUACGGAAGGCUCUUGAAGCUUAUGAAGGGGAGCCCCCUUUGGCGGUCCAGAAGUUUGUGUUGGAAGAAAGCCGGAAAUGGAACCUGGUUUGGGUUGGAAGGAAUAAGGUUGCUCCUCUUGAGGCUGAUGAAAUGGAAAUGCUUUUGGGAUUUCCAAGGAACCACACCAGGGGAGGCGGUAUAAGUAGGACUGAGAGAUACAGGUCACUUGGUAACUCAUUCCAGGUAGACACUGUUGCUUACCAUCUGUCAACUUUGAAAGACUUGUUUCCAGGAGGGAUCAAUCUUCUGUCUCUUUUCUCUGGAAUUGGUGGUGCCGAAGUUGCUCUUCAUCGGCUUGGUAUUCGUUUGAAGACUGUGGUGUCAGCUGAGAUCUCAGAAGUGAACAGGAGUAUCAUGAGUUGCUGGUGGGAGCAAACAAAUCAAACGGGGAAUUUGAUCCACAUUGCAGAUGUGCAACACCUAACUGCUGAUAGGUUGGAGCAAUUGGUGAAAAUGUAUGGCAGUUUUGAUCUUGUUGUGGGGGGAAGUCCAUGCAACAAUCUGACAGGUAGCAAUCGCCAUCACCGUGAUGGACUUGAGGGUAAAGAUUCUUCCCUCUUCUUUGAUUACUGUCGUAUCCUAGAUGUGGUUAAGAGUUUAGCAUCUAGAUACAGAUGA